AUGAAUCUACUGAAGAAGGAGAUGAAGGAGUUCCAGCUUCAUCUGCCCGACAAAGCACCCUUCAAGAGCUCUCCUUGUGCGAUGGCAGCUCAGCCAGAGAAGUCGAGUGGGAUGGAAGUAACCUCAAAUUGGAAUUUCAGGGCCCAAGACUUGCCUUUGCAAACCUGGAAGCAGGUUGUCCUGAGGUUGGUGUGUACCCAGCCCCAAGCAGAAGCACCAGUGAUGUUAAAAAACACCUCCUUGCUUCUUCAUCGAGCUCUUCCAAGGUCGCCAGACAAUGCGGCUCGAGCCCAGGAGUCAUCCAGGAACUAUUUUGGUUCCCUCGAAGCAAAUCAGGCCCUGGGCACAGUGUGUCACUUCCCUGAGAUGACCCCACCUCCCAACACUGCUACACUGGCAACCAAAUCUCAACAUGAAUUUGGAGUGAAGACAAAUGGUAUCCAAACCAUAGCAGCAACUGAAGGACUUAGAGAAAAAUCCAAGAAUCAGAAGACAGAGAAGACCUGCCCCACACAGUCCUGGAAAAAUGAGUAUUUGCAACAAAAAUUCACACAGUUGCUACUCCUACAAAAACCUCUUCCCAGAGGCCCGGAGCCCCAGAUCCGGAAAAGCUGCCAUCAGGAUGAAGUGCAAGAGCGAGGACACUUGAUUGAGAUCCAAGACAUGUUUGACUCCAGCCCUGGUACCCAGGAAGAAACUCAGAUAGUUGUACUGCAUGGGACUGCUGGAAUUGGGAAGUCAACACUGGCCAGGCAGGUGAGGGGAGCCUGGGAGGAAGGCCUGCUGUACAGGGACCACUUCCAGCAUGUCUUCUACUUCAGCUGCAGGGAGCUGGAUCAGUGUGGGGUGUUGAGUCUGGCUGAGCUCAUUGCAAAAGACUGGGCAGCCCCUGAAGCUCCCAUUGGCCAGAUCCUGUCUCAGUCCAAGCAGCUGCUCUUCAUCCUGGAUGAUGUGGAUGAGUUAAAAUGCGUCUUGAAGGAGACGUCUGAGUUCUGUCUGCACUGGAGCCAGCCACAGCCAGUGCACACACUGUUGGGCAGUUUACUGUGGAAAUCCUUGCUCCCUGAGGCUUCACUUAUGAUCAUAGCUCGGACCACAGCACUGAAAAAGUUCAUUCCUUUGAAGAAGCCACGUUGGGUAGAAGUCCUGGGCUUCUCUGAGUCCAGCAGGAAGGAAUAUUUCUACAAAUAUUUCCCAGAGGAAGGCCAAGCAAGUAGAGCCUUUAGCUUGGUUGAAUCAAACCCAGCACUCUUGACCCUGGGUCUCGUGCCCUGGGUGUCCUGGCUGAUCUGUGCUUGUCUGAAGCAGCAGAUGGAGCAGGGACAAGAGCUCCCGCCUACCUUUCAGACCACCACGGCCCUCUGUCUGCACUACUUUGCGCAAGCUCUCCCAGCUAAGCCUCUGGGGACCCAGCUAAGGGGUAUCUGCUCUCUGGCUGCAGAGGGCAUACUGAGAAGAAAGACACUGUUCAGAGUAGGUGACCUCAGGAAGCACAGGUUAAACACAGCCAUCUUGGCCACUUUCUUGAAGAUGGGCAUUCUUCAAAAGCACUCCAGCUCUUAUAGUUACAGCUUUAUUCACUCCUGUUUCCAGGAGUUCUUUGCAGCAAUGUCUUAUACCUUAGGGGAUGAAAAGGAGAAAAGUGAACAUUCUGAUCACCUCAGAGGUGUGGAAAAGAUUCUAAUGAAAUAUGGGAGGCAUGACCUGCUUGGAACACUAACCACACGCUUCCUAUUUGGACUUUUAAGUGAGCAGGGGAUGAGCAGUAUGGGUAACAUCUUCACCUGCCAGCUGCUUCCAAAGAGGACAUCAGAGCUGCUACGGUGGGUACUGGUAAAAGCUUUGCUCCGGCUGCCAUAUUCUCUGGAGUGGUUCCACUGCCUGUAUGAGAUUCAAGAUGAGGAGUUUGUGGCCAAGGCUAUGGUGCAUUUCCAAGGAACAAAGAUAUUUGUCCAGACAGACGUGGAGCUCCUGGUGGUCACUUUCUGCAUUAAAUUCUGCAGCCAUGUGAAGAGGCUUCAACUGAAUAAGGGUGAACAGCAGGGACAAGCUGCUACCCCUGGGGUAGUUCUGUCUACAUGGGCUCCAGUCACCAAUGCCUCUUGGCAGGUUCUCUUCUCCACUCUCAGAGUCAGUGGAAGCCUGAAGGAGCUGGACCUAAGUGGAAAUCCACUGAGUUGUCCUGCAGUGCAGAGUCUUUGUGAGACCCUGAGAUGCCCGAGCUGCCACCUGAAGACUUUGCGGAUGGUGGGCUGUGGCCUUACGUCCAUCUGCUGCCAGGACCUGGCCUCUGUGCUUAGUGCCAGCCUCAGCCUGACAGAGCUUGACCUGCAGCAGAAUGACCUGGGUGACCAUGGCGUGAGGCUGCUCUGUGGGGGGCUCAGGCAGCCCACCUGCUGCCUCAAACUCCUGUGGCUGGACCAGGCCCUUCUGAGUGGCCAGGUGAAGGAGGAGCUAAGGACCCUGGAGGAAGAGAGACCUCAGCUGGUCAUCUCCAGCAGAUGGAAGUCAAGUGAAAUGAGCCCUACUGAGGUCCCUGAUGGAGAAGAGAUGGAUGGUGGCAGGACUUCUCUCCAGAAGAAGAGAACACAGUCAGACCAGGCUGGACAACACAGAGCCGCCCACUACCCGCUUCUUCCAGAGGGAGAUGCCCCACAAACAUCACAAGUGGAAUCCCUCCACCUGUCUUCUCCUGCCUGUCUGAGCAACUUGCACAUGGAGCCUUUGGGAACUGAAGAUGACUUCUGGGGCCCCACCGGCCCUGUGGCUACUGAGACAGUUGACAAAGACAGGAGCCUAUGCCGAGUUCACUUCCCUGUGGCCGGCUCCUACCACUGUCCCAAUACGGGUCUUGGCUUUGUGGUGAGAAGGGCAGUGACCAUCGAGAUUGAAUUUUGUACCUGGGACCCCUUCCUGGGCAGGACUGUCAUGCAGCACAGCUGGAUGGUGGCAGGGCCUCUGUUUGACAUCAAGGCUGAGCAGGGAGCUGUGGCUGCUGUGCACCUCCCUCACUUUGUGGCCCUCCAAGAGGGACUUGUGGACAUCUCCCUGUUCCAAGUGGCCCACUUUAAAGAGGAUGGGAUGCUUCUGGAGAAGCCAGCCAGAGUGGAGCCAAAUUACACAGUCCUGGAAAACCCCAGCUUCUCCCCUAUAGGAGUUCUACUAAGGAUGAUCUCUGCUACCUGGCGCAUCAUCCCCAUCACCUCCACCACAUUGCUCUACCGUCACCUUGAGCCUAAGGAAGUCACCUUCCACCUCUACCUGAUCCCCAGCGACUGCACCAUUCGGAAGGCCAUAGAUGAUGAAGAAGCAAAGUUCCAGUUUGUGCGAAUACAUAAGCCUCCCCCGCUGGGUCCCCUGUACCUGGGCUCCCGCUAUACUGUGUCUGGUUCAGGGAAGCUGGAAAUCAUCCCCCAGGAACUGGAGCUCUGCUACCGGAGCCCUGGACAAUCCCAACUCUUCUCUGAGAUCUUUGUUGGUCACUUGGGUUCAGGGAUCAGGCUGCAAAUGAAAGACAAGAAAAAUGAGACUCUAGUAUGGGAGGCCUUGCUGAAACCAGGAGACCUCACAGCUGCAGUGACUCAGGUCCCUCCAGCCCCCAAAGUCUCACCUUCAGCCUCAGAUUCCCUGACCUUGUUGCAUUUUGUGGACCAACAUCGGGAACAGCUGGUAGCCCGUGUGACAUCAGUGGAUGCUGUCUUGGACAAGCUAUAUGGACAGGUGCUGAGUGAAGAACAGUAUGAGAAGGUGCGGGCUGAGACCACCAAGCCAGGCCAGAUGCGGAAGCUGUUCAGCUUCAGUCGGUCCUGGGACUGGGCCUGCAAAGACCAACUCUACCAAGCCCUGAAGGAGACCCAUCCUCACCUGAUCACAGAUCUCUUGGAGAAGUGGGGCAGAGACUCAGGGAACCGUGACAGGCUUAGCAGCUCCAAUCUGAGCACUCACCUUUGA